GUCUUCCCCCGUCACUUGUAAACAAGCCGCUGCUCCUGCUCACGUGCUUCUUGUGCCCCCAAACACAGCCUGCACAACCUCCCUCGAGGUUCUGUAGGCUACCAUGGCUGAGGGAAGUAAGAUAUUCACUCCUUAUCGGGCCUUGGGACUGGUGAGCACAAAUAUACCGCCAGUGGUUCGAUACAUCCAGCGGAGGAAAGAGAACCUGAUUGUUACUGUUGUGGGCAACACCUUCCAUACCUAUGGAGCAGCCAAGUUGGGCCUGCUGGGCGUUGGAAACCCCCAUGAGAACCCCAUCGUAGCCGUGUGUGGGGAUGCCUUCCACAUCUAUACUGCCAGUGGGAACGACAUCUUUGCAUGGCGGCGCGGCACCGAGCUCAAACACAAGUAUGUUGGACACAAGGCCAGUGUUCAUCUUAUGUUGCCAUUUGGACCUCAUCUCAUAGCAGUGGACAAACUGAACUCUCUUCGUGUUUGGGAUAUCAAAGCUGAGUCAUUAUACAUGCAAAUGGAGUUUCCAAAAUCAUUUGAAAUUUCAGCCCUCACUCAUCCUGCAACUUACCUUAACAAAAUCUUGCUUGGAAGCAAGCAAGGUAAAUUGCAGCUGUGGAAUCUGAACACCUGUAAGCUUAUAUACACUUUCAAGGGGUGGAAUGCUGCAGUGUGUGUUUUGGAACAGGCUCCAGCACCUGAUGUAAUUGGAGUUGGUCUUGCUGAUGGUAAGAUCAUUCUCCACAACAUCAAAUAUGAUGAGAUAAUCAUGGAUUUUCAUCAGGACUGGGGCAAGGUUACUGGAAUAGGAUUUCGGAGUGAUGGGUUUCCAGUGAUGGUGACUGGCAGUGAAGUUGGUCACAUAGCUGUGUGGAACUUGGAAGAAAAGAACCUUGUUUCACAGAUCCGAGAUGCCCACAAUGGACCGGUCUUGGGUUUGAAGUGUCUUCUCAGUGAGCCUCUGCUGAUCACUUCAUCACCAGACAACACCUUGAAAAUGUGGAUAUUUGACCUUCCAGACGGUGGUGCCAGGCUCCUCAAGAUACGAGACGGCCACUCAGCACCUCCCCUCUUUGCAAGAUUUCAUGGCAGCCUUGGCAAUUGUAUUCUUAGUGCAGGUGAAGAUUCCUCCUUGAGAUUAUUUUCAACAGUGACUGACAUUGUGAAUAAGAAUCUAGGUAGAGCUUCUUAUAACAGGAAAAUUUCAAAGAAGAAAAGUAUGAAUCUUGAUCGGAAGGUAAUGCCAGCCAUUACACGGUUUACAUCAGAAACAGCACAAGAAAAGGCUUGGGACAAUGUAGCUGCAGUGCACCGAGGAAAGACAGUGGUGACAACGUGGUCUAUUGGUGCACAAAAGAUGGGAGAACACAAGUUAUUGCAUGAGCGAUUCAAAGAAAAGGACUGGAGUGGAGUAGUGGCAACAUGUUUGGAUUUGACAGUUUGUGGGAACUUUGUAAUCAUAGGAUACAGCUCAGGUCACAUGGAUAAAUACAAUAUACAAUCAGGCUUUUUAAGAGGAACAUAUGGAAACCCUUUAUCACAUGAAGGUGGUGUGAGUGGCCUUGUAACAGAUGGACUUAACCAAUAUGUAGUCUCAGGAGGAGAGGAUAGGGAACUGAAAUGGUGGAGAAUGAAAGACUGUCUCUUUAUCUUUGGAUUAACAUUGAGUGAGUCUAUCUCUAAAAUGUCCUUGCAUAAAGAUUCAGGACUCCUUGGAAUUGCUCUUGAAGAUUGGAGCAUACAUGUUGUAGAUGUAGAUACAAAGAAAGUGAUUAGGAGACUGUAUGGUCAUCAGAAUCAGGUGACAGAUGUGGCAUUUAGUCCAGAUUCCAAGUGGCUCAUUAGUUCAUCGCUUGAUAAGACAGUCAGAACUUGGGACAUUCCUUCAAGUACAUGUGUUGAUUCCUUCUUGGUACCAAUCCCUUGUAUAUCAUUAACAAUGUCUCCAGUUGGAGACUUUUUAGCAACUGUACACACAGACCACCUUGGUAUUUAUCUGUGGUCAAAUCAGGCAUGCUAUCACCACCUCUCUCUUUGUCCUCUGCCCCAGAAUUACAAGGCACCCACUGUGUUUCUACCAUCCACUUGUGCUGAUUCAUCACAGCUGGUUGCAAAGGAAGGAGAAGAAGUUCUUGAGGCAAAAGAGGAAAAUCAAACUGACGAUGAUGAUGAAUAUAAAUCUCCACAGCAGAUAUCUGAAGAGUUUGUGACAUUAGCUUUGUUACCAACCUCACGGUGGCUGAAUCUUUUGAAUUUAGAUGUCAUCAAAAAGAGAAACAAACCAGUAGAACCUCCCAAGGUCCCAAAAUCUGCUCCUUUCUUUCUUCCUACAGUCCCUGGUCUAGAAUUUAAGUUUGCUCCAGCAGAAGGAGAAAAUGAAGAAAAAUCAAAAGUAAAGCCAGUCAUGACUUUUGAAGUAUUGACUGCUUUUGGGAAUAAGCUAAAGAGUAAAGAGUUAGAGGAGGCAUUGAGUAUGCUGAUGAAUCAGGGACCCUCAGGUGUGGAGGUAGAAAUUCGGGGACUAGAUCCUGAUGUAGGAGGGUCAGAGGAGGUAAUGAUUCAAUUCUUAGAAAUGAUAAAGUUUGCCAUAGAGAAACAAUGUCAUUUUGAAGCUGUGCAAGGUUAUCUUGGACUGUUUCUGAAAUUACAUGCAGAGUACAUUGUUGAAAAUGAAGAAGUGUAUCAGAAGUGUGAAUCUCUGGCUGGCAUUCUGGGCAAAUCAUGGCAUAAUUUGCGUAACUCAAUGAAUCAAACUUUGUGCCUUGUUUCAUACUUCAAAAAUGCUGCUUUGAUCAACUAUUGAGUUCUUUACAUGAACUGUAUGUAUGUUAAUACUUCAGUUAUGAUUUAUUUUAUGCAUGUGAUCUGAUCAUCUCUGGUACAUAAUGCCUGUGUAUAUGACCAAUUUUGGUAGCAUCUUUGUUAUGUUAUUUAGUAUGUAGAUAUUUCUUGUAAGAAUUUAUUCCAUUUUUUUUUUUUCUUCUUUCUUUGUUAAUAUGUAUUUAUAAAUGUAAAAUGCAUUGUAAUAUGAAAGUUGAUGUAAUACAUAUGUGAACUAUUUUCAGUUAUGACUUGUUAAUUCUACUUGGACUUGGAACAUUUCAUGAUUGUGUUACUCCUGUCUGGUAGAGACUUUUGAAAACUUUAAAUGUUAAAGUGACUAGCUACAGCAAAUUGUGCCUUGAGAAUAUUACACAUUUCUCUCACACAAAAGGCAGUUUUUUUAUUGGAAAUAUAAUUGUUUUUAUCAUCAGAGAAAAACAGUUGUACGUUUUUUUAUGGGUCUCAUUACUUUACUCUAAAAGAAUUCAUUAUUGACAAAGUAAUCUGUUAAAACUAUUUAUAAUAAAACUGUUUUUUCUUUCA